GGGGGGGGGAGGGGGCUGGACCCGGGAUCUGCGCGUUGCGUGCCCGGCGGUGAGUCUUGCGGCUACAGAUGGCAGGCGGCGCCGCGGCCGCGUCGCGACGGGUGCGUUAGAGCAGGAGCGGAGCGAGCUGCGCGGGCGCGGAGCGGGUGGCGGGCGGGGCGCGCGGGUGCUAGGCUUCGGCGGAGGGCUUGGGCCGCCAGGCGACGGCGGCAGGCGCGUUGAAGCCUGGCGAGGCCGGAGCUGCCCCGGGCGAGAUGACGGAUUUCGGCCGCUCGCCCCGCUCCCGCCCGCCCGGAGCUCGUCUCGUGAACCGCCCGCCGUCUCGAGUGCCGCGAGUGUCUCGUUGGGAGUGCGUUUGUGAGCUCGGGCGGCCUGUUUUCUUGAACGACUGCCCGGUUUGCGUCGCGGGCGCGUGAACGUUCGACCGCGGCCGUGGGAUUCCUCGCAUAUUUCCUCGAGUGCUAGUGCGACUUCGUUAUCUGCAUGUAUGUAAUUUGUUGAAUUGUUACGUUUGUGGAAGUAUUGAUUUUUAGUAUAUUGCAACCUGAAAAAUGUUCCGUGACGUUACUUAUGGAAUAUACGCAAGUUAAAGGGGAAAAUUCAUAAUGCUUACAAGACUUGGAAUGCGUUAAAGAUCGGUUGCUUCCUUCUAACCCUUCUGUGCUUCUGCUGCACUUCGGAGCAAUCAUGUUCAAAAAUUGUUGCGGGUGCAAGACGCCUACCGAGAAGAAGCAGAUCGGGGAGAAGGAGAAAGACGAAGCGUAUUCGAAGAGUUCCUCCAAAGCCGAUGGAAACCCCAAAGCGGUGUCCCCGUCGAAGGUGGUGCCCAAGGAGGACAGCGGGCCCGUGUCGUCCGCCCCGCCGAAGCCGCCCCCGCAGCCGGAGAAGGCAAAGUCGCCCGCCGCCCCGGCGCCGGCGCUAGCGCGCGCCCCGAAGCUCUCCAUCCAGGGGCCCGACGACCCCGCGGCGACGGCGCUGCCGUCGGAGGAGCCGGCGGCCAAGGCGAACGACGAGGAGACGCUGACGAAGGAGUCGACGCCCAGCAAGAGCGGGUCGGUGGCGGCGACGACGGCGACGGUGGCGAGCGGCGCCGAGGACCUGUCCGCCGACGGGGACGGCUCCAAGCCCGCGUCCCCGGAGCCCGACACGUGCGACGCGGAGACGGCGGCGGCGACGCUGCGCGCCUUCGCGCACGGCAUGCUGCACACGCCGCACCCGUCGAAGCGCUCGGGCAGCGUGCCGGGGCUGGGGUCGCUGCCGCAGUGGCUGUCGCAGGAGGACGAUGACGACGACGUGUUCCGCGAGGGCGGCGGCACCACCGAGCCGCCCGCCACGCCCGUCGGCCGCGACGAGCUCGCCCUCCGCCGCCACCGCUUCUUCUCCGACCUGCUGCAGGCGCACCAGGCCGCCACCGAGCACCGCGUGCGCUUCGACCCGCUCGGCCCCAUCGUCGCCGGCGGUUUUGAAUAUGAACAACGUACCCCUACUGUGGAGUUCGAGACGCUAUUGAAUCGCUUGGAGAAAGUCACCACACGGUUGGAACGAACGGUUUCUGCCACCGAGGAAGCUUUGCAGAAGCAGGCUGGCCUUCAGAAUUCUAAUGAACAAAUUGUUCCCUUAGAGUCGGCAUUGAAGGAAAGUAGUCCUAAAGUAGUUUCUGUAGAAACAAAAUCUGCUGAGGCAGAGAAGUUUAUUGAAGAGAAACCUAUCGUUUUGCAAGAUCCUCCUAAAUCCAGUCAGGAGAAACAGGGCAUAUCAUCAACCGAUUCUGUUUCCAACAUGAGUGUUCCUGCGUUUCAAGAAAUCUUGAAUGGGCCAUUGGCAUCAUUCUUGUCAACGUCCGCCCAGAUUGGAGAUGAUGUUGCUGCAGUUGCACAACUUGUUAAACAAGCAUUUCAGGCUCAGUUGCAGUACCUGUCAUUGGCUGCUUCAUCUGGUCCCCCAUCAAUGGAUCAAAAUAUGAAACUGCUUGAACCAACUUCCACGCAGAUCAGAGCAAUUCAAGACUUUCGUGAGAAGCAUAGAGGUUCUCAACAAUUCAAUCAUCUUAGUGCAGUUAGUGAAAGUAUUGCUGCCCUUGGCUGGGUCACUGUUAGCCCUGCUCCAGCACCAUUUGUGAAGGAAAUGAAUGAUGCUGGACAAUUUUAUACCAAUAGAGUUCUCAAGGAAUGGAAAGAAAAAGACAAAAAGCACAAGGUUUGGGUGGACGCUUGGGUGGAAACCCUCUCUGAGCUCCAGAAGUUUGUGAAGCAAUACCACACCACAGGGCUGGUGUGGGGAGGCAAGGGCAGUCCCCCCAGCGCUCCAGCUGGCGUGCCGCCCCCUCCCCCUCCUGGUCUUCCGCCUCCUCCGCCCGAGAUGCCCCUUGGAGAUCUUCCUCCUGGAUCCGAUGCUCAAGAUAGGUCAGCAUUAUUUGCAGAAAUCAACAGAGGCGAAGCAAUAACAUCCACUCUCAAAAAAGUUACACCUGAUAUGCAGACGCACAAGAAUCCUACUUUGCGAUCUGGUCCAGCACCUUUCAAAGCUCCAGUUCACACAAACACCUACAGAUCAGUGACAGCUCCUGGUCAGGUUGUUGACAAACCUCCAAAUUUUACAAAAGAAGGAAAGAAGUGGUUAGUUGAAUAUCAUAAAGGAAAUCAAAAUUUACUCAUUGACCAAACAGAAAUGAACAACGUAAUUUACAUGUACAAAUGUGUAGAGUCGACUUUAACAGUGAAAGGAAAAGUAAAUUCAGUGGUAUUGGAUUCGUGUCGCAAGUCAUCUGUAGUUUUUGAUUCUGUAGUUUCAUCUGUGGAGUUCGUCAAUUGCCAGUCGGUGCAAAUGCAGGUUAUUAAUAAAGUACCAACUAUAUCCAUUGAUAAAACUGAUGGAUGUCAAAUGUAUCUCAGUCCUGAAUCACUUGAAGUUGAGAUUGUAAGUGCGAAGUCAUCAGAGAUGAAUGUAAUGGUCCCAAAAGCAAAUGGAGAAUAUAGUGAAUAUCCUGUGCCUGAGCAAUUUAAGACCACACUUUCACCAAAAGGCUUGUUGACUGUUGCAGUUGAAAACAAAGGUUUAUUCGAGAAACUAUUUCUAAGUCUUUCAAGAGAAAUUUGUGCAAAAUACUGCUUUUGUGCAGCAAGUCAUUUGUUUUCUUAUAUAACAUCAAGAGUCCAUCAUGGAAAUAUUUUAGCUGAUAUUUUG